AUGAAUCAUGUAUUCGCUAUAUCACUUAAUAACUUUCAUAUUUUCUACAAUAUUACCUCCAUAUAUCCUUUGGCCAAAAAACUUAUAAAAACACUUAUUAAACAGAUACAUACAACAGCCAAGAUUGCAACACUAGUUUUUGCAAACAUAGCAGCUCCUAUUAGACAUACCACUAAAUUGGCAGUAUUUAAUAUAGAACAAUAUAAAAAUCUCCACCACCCGCCAUCUGAUGGUCCAAAGCUUUCUAUCAAACCUUCUGCACAUCCAGAAAUACAAAGAGCACUUGAUACAAUAUUAGCCAUAAAAAAUAACGUACCAAUAGAACCACCAAAUUCUGGUCCAACACCGCCUCCUUCAACUGCUCCAUUAGUUGAAAUUGCACACACAGAUGCUACAGUAAAUAGUAAAAUCCCAUAUGCAAUUACAAAUUGUAUCAAAGUGACAAAUAAUCCUGCAUUGCCCACAAUGUAUCCUAUAAUGCAAAUAUUUUGUAUUACUUCUAUAAAAUUCAUACCCAUUCGUAUGAAAAUUAAGGCACUGAACAUGGAUAAUGUUACAGGACUAAAUACACCAGCAAAUGUUCCCAAAGUACGGCUGCUAUCUACAUUUAAACUACCAAAUUCUACGUAUCCAUCUCCUUCUGCAUGUUGUACUCGUCCAAAUUUAAAGAAAUUACUUAAUCUAACACUAAAAUGGUUAUAUGCGUGAGAAACUUGGUUUUAUCACGAUCAAUUGUUACAAAUUUUACAUCAGUUCGUCAAAUGAGCGCUACUGUUAAAACAGAUUUUGUAAAAUCUUUACUUUAUAAAGAAUAUGGAGAACCUGUAGAUGUUUUACACGUUACAACACAAUCUAUUGAUCAACCAGAAAAUAAUCAGGUCUCUAUCAAAUGGUUGUUAGCACCUGUUAAUCCAGCAGAUAUAAAUACGAUACAAGGUAAAUAUCCAAGCAAACCACCUUUACCAGCUAUUCCAGGAAAUGAGGGAGUAGGUGAAGUAAUAGCUGUUGGAUCUAACGUGAAACAUCUAAAUGUUGGCGAUAGAGUUAUACCAAAUGGUAUACAUUUAGGAACAUGGAGGACACAUGCAAAUUAUACUGCAGAAGAGCUUAUGAAAGUUCCAAAAGAAGUUGAUGCUGUAGAAGCUAGUAUGUUAAAUGUAAAUCCAUGUACUGCAUACAGAAUGCUUAAAGAUUUUGUAGAACUAAAACCUGGUGAUACUGUCAUCCAAAAUGGAGGAAAUUCAGCUGUUGGACAAAUGAUUAUACAAUUAUGUAAAAUAUGGAAUUACAAAUCUGUUAGCGUCAUAAGAGACAGACCAAAUAUAGAGGCACUAAAGAAUCACUUGAUAAGUUUGGGCGCAGAUGAAAUUCUUACCGAAAGUGAAAUAAAGAAAACUCAGAUUUUUAAAAGUAAAAAAUUACCUUCACCAAAAUUAGCUCUUAAUUGUAUAUGUGGUCAAAAUGCAUUGGAGAUUUUAAGACAUUUAGCACAUGGAGGUAUUAUGGUAACUUAUGGUGGUAUGUCCAGAGAACCUUUAACAGUUCCAACUUCUGCAUUUAUUUUUAAGGAUAUAACAUUAAAAGGAUUUUGGAUGACAGCAUGGACAAAAACAAAUAUGAAUUCCAAAGAGCGUGAAAAUAUGUUUAGCGAAUUAGGAACAUUAUUCAAGAAUAAGAAAUUAAAAGCUCCACCACACAAGUUAGUUCCAUUUUGUCAAUAUCAGGAAGCUGUUAUUAAUGCAAUUCAUACAGAUGGUCGAAUAGGAGUGAAAUAUAUUUUGGAUAUGACUAAAUCAUAA